AACUCUCCUUUUGUAUCCAGGAAAGUUAUUGCAAGUCAAUUCUGGUGCCAAAGAACAACUAUUUUUUGAAGCACCGAGGGGGAAAAGACAUAUCAUAAGAAUUGCUGAGAUAGAGAAGAUUGAAUGGGACACCUGGACAUGUGUGCUUGGUCCCACCUGUGAGGGAAUCUGGCCCAUGCACAGCGAUGUCACCGUUGUCAACGCGGCCAGUCUCACAAAGGACAGAAGCCUCUUGGCCACGGGAGAUGAUUUUGGCUUUGUGAAGCUCUUUUCCUACCCAGUGAAGGGCCAGCAUGCCAAGUUCAAGAAGUACGUGGGGCACAGCGCCCAGGUGACCAACGUGCAGUGGCUGCACAACGACUCCGUGCUCCUCACCGUCGGCGGCGCCGACACCGCCCUCAUGAUCUGGACCAGGGAGUUCCUGGGCAUCCAGGAGAGCAAGCUGGUGGACAGUGAAGAGUCAGACACAGAUGCAGAAGAAGAUGGAGGUUAUGAUAGUGAUGUUGCAAGAGAAAAAGCAAUUGACUACACCACUAAGAUCUAUGCAGUGAGCAUCCGAGAAAUGGAGGGUACAAAGCCCCAUCAGCAGCUGAAGGAAGUUUCAGUGGAAGAGAGGCAGGGAAUUGUCAAGGGAUCAAGGCCACCCGUGAGCAGAGCUGCUCCUCAGCCUGAGAAACUGCAGAAGAACAAUGUCAACAAAAAAAAGAAACUGGUUGAGGAGCUGGCUUUAGACCAUGUGUUUGGAUACAGAGGAUUUGACUGUCGCAACAACCUCCAUUACCUGAACGAUGGUGCUGACAUUAUUUUCCACACAGCUGCAGCAGGCAUUGUCCAAAACCUCUCCACUGGCAGCCAGAGCUUCUACCUGGAGCACACUGAUGACAUCCUGUGUCUGACGGUGAACCAGCACCCCAAGUACAAGAACGUGGUGGCCACCAGCCAGAUCGGUGACAUGACAGAAUUCCCAGGUACAACCCCCACAAUUCAUAUAUGGGAUGCCAUGAGCAAGCAAACCCUUUCCAUGCUGCGCUGCUUCCACACCAAAGGGGUCAAUUACGUGAACUUUAGUGCCACUGGCAAACUUCUGGUGUCAGUGGGAGUUGACCCAGAACACACCAUCACCGUCUGGAGGUGGCAAGAAGGGGCUAAAGUUGCCAGCAGGGGAGGACACCUGGAGAGGAUCUUUGUUGUGGAGUUCCGCCCGGAUUCUGACACUCAGUUCGUGUCCGUGGGGGUCAAACACAUGAAGUUCUGGACCUUGGCUGGCAGCGCUUUGCUCUACAAGAAAGGAGUCAUUGGUUCCAUGGAAGAUGCCAAAAUGCAAACCAUGCUCUCUGUUGCCUUUGGAGCAAAUAACCUCACGUUCACUGGUGCCAUCAAUGGAGAUGUGUACGUGUGGAAGGAUCAUUUCCUGGUCAGGCUGGUGGCCAAGGCUCACACGGGACCAGUGUUCACCAUGUACACGACUCUGCGGGACGGGCUCAUUGUCACUGGAGGGAAGGAGAGGCCCACGAAGGAGGGAGGAGCAGUGAAGCUGUGGGACCAGGAGAUGAAGCGGUGCCGAGCCUUCCAGCUGGAGACCGGGCAGCUCAUCGAGUGCGUGCGCUCCGUGUGCCGGGGCAAGGGGAAAAUCUUAGUGGGAACAAAAGAUGGAGAAAUCCUUGAAGUAGGAGAAAAAAAUGCUGCUUCAAACUUGUUAAUUGACUGUCAUAUGGAAGGGGAAAUCUGGGGCUUGGCAACUCACCCCUCCAAAGACAUAUUUAUCUCUGCAAGCAAUGACGGAACAGCCAGGAUCUGGGACCUGUCGGACAAAAAGCUGGUGAACAAGGUGAGCCUGGGGCACCCCGCGCGCUGCGCCGCCUACAGCCCCGACGGCGAGAUGGUGGCCAUCGGCAUGAGGAACGGAGAGUUCGUCGUCCUGCUGGUCAACAGCCUCAAGGUCUGGGGCAAGAAGAGGGACAGGAAAUCUGCAAUUCAGGACAUCAGGAUCAGUCCAGAUAACAGGUUUCUGGCAGUGGGCUCACAAGAACAUACUGUGGAUUUUUAUGAUCUCACUCAAGGCACAACCCUAAACCGAAUUGGCUACUGCAAGGACAUUGCCAGUUUUGUCAUACAGAUGGACUUCUCUGCAGACAGCAGGUACAUCCAGGUAUCCACAGGUGCCUACAAGCGUCAAGUUCACGAGGUGCCACUGGGAAAGCAAAUCACAGACCCUGCAGUCAUAGAGAAAAUCACCUGGGCCACGUGGACCAGCAUUCUUGGAGAUGAAGUCAUUGGGAUCUGGCCACGAAAUGCAGAUAAAGCAGAUGUCAACUGUGCCUGUGUGACCCACGCUGGCCUGAACAUAGUCACAGGAGAUGACUUCGGCCUGGUCAAGCUGUUUGACUUCCCAUGCACGGAGAAAUUUGCCAAACACAAGCGGUACUUUGGGCACUCAGCGCACGUCACCAACAUCCGCUUCUCACACGACGACAAGUUCGUGGUGAGCACCGGAGGGGACGACUGCAGUGUGUUUGUGUGGCGCUGUCUCUGAGGAGCCCCUGGCUGCUGCUGUCCUGCCCCAGCGAGGGAAUGAAUGUCCCUGGGGCUGCAGGAAUCCCAGCCCUGUUGCAGGCUGACAUUUCCAGAUCACUCAUCCCAACUUAGCGAGAGGGAAUGGGAGCUGGCGUUGGAAAGCCCAACGCCCUUGCGAAGGAAGCUGAGGUCUGAAGGGUAACCUGGGGAUCCCAAAGGGAUGAACAGUUCACUCACAAAGCUGCUUCUGCCUAAUACUGUGUUGUUCAAACCGUGUCUGAAAAGGGAGAAAACGCUGACAAAAUGCUGGGCCCUUUAAUUUCCAAAUUUGUGGCUUGAACAAAGUUCAAAAAGUGGGUGGGUUUUAACCACACCUCUUUAAAACUCCAAUUUGGUGCACUCAGUAAAGCUGGGAGGAUUUAACAGCAGGCUGGGGAGGGGGGAAGUCAUCCUUCAGCUUUCAUUAAUUGAAGGAGCAAAGUAUCCUUUUUUUUUUAAGUCCAUUUUAUUUUUAAAUAUAUAUAUUUGGCAGAAUUUUCUAUCCAUGAAGUGCCUUGGAAUAAUUUUCUAGUAGUUUGGGCUGCAGCCUUGCCUCCCCCACCUGCUUUUCACACAUGGUGCUAUGACUCUCACCCAGAGGAGGGCUAAACCAUUCUCACCUUUUCCAGCUGGGUACUUACAUUAUCCCUGGUUUCUGCUUUGGGUUUUUAAUUCCUUCACAAGUGAACUGCCCGUGUUUCCGACAGCGAGCGGCUCUGUGCUGGCAGAAGGCCAAAAAGGGAUGGCAGCUCCUGGGCAGCUGCUCCUGCAGCCAGCAGUGCAAGCUCAACUCCAGCAGUGAGUGAGAGGAGAGCCUUUGGACAGACUUGGUUCAAGAGAUUUUAACACCAAGAUUGAGGAGUCAUUCCCCAAGUGUUCCUGCAUGCUCCCCGUUUCUGGGAAAAUGUGCUUUACACUCCUACAGGCAGUGGCCAGCCAGAAUCUCGGCCUGGUGGGAAAGCCUCCAUCAGUUCCUAUUUCCAGUUCUGGGGGGGCAUCCUAAGCCUCCAAAGGAAUCCCUGCAAUGUCCCCAGAGCAGGGCCACGUGUGCCCUCCAGCCAGUCUGUGCUGCUUGUAAGCACAACAUCAAUCCCCUGCAACCAGGAAAUGCACCUUUGUUUUCUUUGGGAAAAGCUUUUCCUGGCUGACUCUGGGUUCCUGUCCCUGCUUCUCCCUCACCCCACAGAGCCCCUAGGCCUGAGGGACAGCAAAGGAGAGCUGCCUCCGUGGGGAACUGGAACCAUGGACAGAUAUUCCCAAAAGGCAACUCAAGCCCUUCACUAUUUGUUAGAAUAUCUUGUCAAAACAAAAAACUCACAGGACUCAAAAAGUGGAACUGGAGGAAGUUUAAAAAGGAAUAGUAAAUAUGGGCAAUGUCAAAAUAUGUAUUUAAGAUACUUAAGAUUCUGGGCAUGGAUCAACAUCCAUAUUUUGAAAUAAUUUGAAUUUCUUAAUUGAAAGAAAUAAAGGCUAAAGUAAAACAUUUAGACUUACAUUUAGUCUCUGAAAAGCAAUAGUGCUUAGUCCCAGUGCAGGACAAUAGGCUUUUGAAUUCUGGAACCUUCCUGCCAGUCCGUUUCUGCUGCCCACUGCAUAGAAAAGUAGCAAAAACAUCCCAUUAAAGGAGUGGAUUCCUGUCUGUUUAACACACAAAGUGCUUCAGCAACCUCAAAGAAUCACCUUUUUUUUACAAUUGAAUUUAUUAAUGCCUUAUAUGACUAUACAGCAGAGCAGUUUGUCAGAUACACAGUACGAGUCCCUAUGCAGUCUGUUUUUUAAAGAAACCUUCGGGAUCAAAUCCUGUUCUGUCAGGUGGUGCCAGCAGUGAGCACCUCUGCCUGUGUUGUAACCACUCAUGUUUGCCUUCCUUCCACGUUGAUUGUAUCCCAAAUAAAACCAGUUGCGUGGCAGAAUGAAUUAAUCAACAGUGAUGUGAGAAAUAUCUUCAAGCAAUAGUGUCUGUCAGGAAACCACUUACUUACGGUUUGUAUGUUUCUAUGGUCUGGCUUCCUGUAUAAAAUGCUCAGAAGUAAUGCUGUAUUUUACUGUAAACUGAAAUAUUAAUGCAUGAAUUUCUAUUUUUCAAUGGUCAAGAUGCCAUUCAUUUAAAAUCUGCAUCUCAAAUAAAUUUGUACACAAGUUUUCAAUGUCCAGCUCUUCAAUCAGAAUCAACACGUUGACCUGGAAAGAUUAUUGGGACUUAUUUCCUUCAAACUUGAAAAAGGCAUCCACCAUUCCUGUCUAAAAAUCCAAGAACCUGACACCCUCUGGAGCUCCCUGGGACUCUGGAGCUGGCCCUGAGCAACUCCUUCCCAGUGCAGAGAAAGAAAAGGGACCGUGACAAACCCACCCUGCACCGCGCUCUACUCGGACACUACUGCCACCACCAUGGACAAUGGAUAUUUAUCACAAUGAACUUCAAAUAAACACAAAUAGAUUAAACUUGCCUCAAGAAAGCCAAAUACCGGUAUUAUUUUAUGUCUAUAAGCUUUAUUGAUACUUGGGGUUUUGGGGCUGGUUGUUGGGGUUUUUUUUUGCUUUUUUGUUGGUUUUUUUUUUUUUUACAUUUCACAAUGCAUUCCACAGACUUAGUUCAGUACAGCUCAAACUGCAAGUGUAUAAAUUUUCACUUAUCAUUUCUUGCAUAACAGGACAGGGCUUUAAGUUUCCAAACAACAUUUGCAGCAUUAGAUACUCGGUCCACAGUUAUCAGAGUCUGAGAGCUGGAGAAGUAUUUGCUCAAGAUCAACUACUGUACGUUUGUGCAACAAAGUGUAUGCUGUAAUUUUCUUUUACUCUAGGUGGAGGUUCUUUGUUCUUUUCUCUUUUGUUGGUUCCAACAGAUGCCAGUGUUUACAGAGACUUUUUAGUUUCUCAAGCUUGUGUGCUCUGGAGCUCGUCCAGGCCUCAGUCAGUUCUCUGACAUACAAAGCACUGUGGAGCAGCUGAAAGAUCUAAGCUUUGUGAAACACAUAUAUAUAUAUAUUGGCAAUUGAUAAAACAAUAAAA